CUCUGUGGUCCGUGGUGUUAAGCCGAGCCGGGCCUGGCUGUGAGGUGGCCUUUACUGACUCGUCCUGGGUGCUGAGGAAAUCGCCCAGUGUCUUCUUUCAGGGCUGACACAUCAACUUUCCCCUGGUUGUGUGCGAGCUGCCUUGGGAAUGGCAGGACAGUUCCGUAGCUAUGUCUGGGACCCUGUCCUCAUUCUGACGCAGAUUGUCCUCAUGCAGGCAGUCUAUUACAGCUCCUUGGGGCUCUGGCUAGCUCUGGUUGACAGCCUGGUGCAGAAUAGCCCUUCUCUUGACCAGAUUUUCAAUUAUGAGAUCUUGGGAUUCUCUACCCCACCUGGAAGACUUUCCAUGAUUGCUUUCAUCCUCAAUGCACUCACCUGUGCUUUGGGCUUGUUGUACUUUAUCCGGCGAGGAAAGCAGUGUUUGGAUUUCACAGUCACAGUUCAUUUUUUCCAUCUGCUGGGUUGCUGGAUUUAUAAUGCACACUUUCCCACAGCUCUAACGUGGUGGCUAGUGCAUGUUGUGUGCACGGCACUCAUGGCUGUGAUUGGGGAGUAUCUCUGUAUGAGAACAGAACUCAAAGAAAUCCCAUUGAAUUCAGUCCCCAAGUCCAGCGUAUAAACUUGUUAUGGGGAUGCGCUGCAUCAGGCCAUUGUUUCCAGCACCUCGGCAGUGACACAAGACAAUGCCAGAAAACUUCAUUAAAGAAGCACAGCGGGUCUGUUUGGACUUUUUUAGAUCUUGGUGGCUGCAUGAGUGUGAAGAUCUCUGCUGUUGCCAUUAAGACAGUGAACAAAGCAGAAGUUUUAUUUUAAUAACACAAGGCAUUUAAUAUGAUUAUUCUAUGUGAGUGCUUUCACUAUUAAUUCAAGUGAUAUGGACCAGGGAAAAAUCAGGCAACAAAACCUAGAGCAUGAGAAGCAACUGGAAUUUAACCCAUGUGCAAGGUCUUUGGCGCGCAUGUUGGAGCUGGGAUGAUCAAACCUUCGGGGAGAAACGCACAGUGAUUGACUAGGAGCUGCUUCUUACAUCUUUUUUCCUUUGGUUGGUUUUUGUUUUAAAAUCAAGGAUUUAAACUGAUGUAGGAUUAAAAAGAAUUGUGUUUGUCUCAGUCACCAGUUGUGAACCUAUAAGGCCUGUACGCUCCUAUGGGCUUCAUUAUUGUUCCCGUGUUUAGUUCCUAGAGUAGGUGUAAGGCAACAUAUGUUGCUGGAUUGAAGACACUUUUUUAACAAAAUAGGAAAAAUGGUAUUAAGUUGCCUUCAGUGUGUUACAAUUCUUCUGGUGAGCUGAGCACUUUGAGCUACGUACUGAAUGUCCACAUCACAGCAAUGGACUACGGUCUGGCCAGAAAGGAACACCAGUGGUCACUUUCUAGGGUUUGUAAAACUUCCCACUAUGAAUGUUAAACACCACAAGCCAGAAAUCCAGGAGCCAGUGAAAAUCAACCAGCGUAUUCUCCUCUUGCAUGGAGGAUUGGCCAUAACAUUCACCAAACGUUGAACUGUGGGUUGAGUUGGUUGAGGGGAGCUUUCUGCUGUGUGUUACAAGCACCAUUUCAUCAUUCCCACUCCGUAGUAACCUGCGUCUUCCUACCAAUCAUCAAAUUCCAGUACUUACUCCUGCCUGAAGGCUGCCACCAAAGACUGUUUUCCAAAAUUGGUAGGUGUUUCUUGCUGCAGGACGCCAUACUUGGGACUGUUAUUUGUCUCUUAUGCUGUUAACGAGAUGGUGCUUUUGACUGAUAGGCAAUUUAAAUAGAACCUCCCUUCUCAUAAGCCACUGACCCCAGUAUUCCCAAUGAAAGGAGUAGGCCAAAUGGUUUCCUAGGGUCCUGCAUCCCAAACGGUCAGACUUACCUCUAGUUGUGUAGUUUCCUCUAAGGGAUGUUAAGUCUGUGCUGUCUGUGUGUCAUUCUAAAUGGGGGCAAACUAGGAUUUUAACACUGAAAUUCCUUUUUUCUUGUGUGGCUUGUUUCCUUUGUACAUUAAUAUUGGUGAACGUUAUUAGUUUGAAUAAAUUAUAUUUGCUAAAUUAAUGUGCAGUUUGUAAAGAAUUGGAAUUGGUGGGAUGAUUUGACACAGAAUUUGAUAA